AUGGGCGAGAGAGAUGUGGAAUUACAUAUUUACCCUAAAAUGGAAGUCAAAUUUUCACCCGUUAAUUGUACGGCAUAUUCAAGGAGCGAGAAGUGGCAUAUGAGCAGUCCCACAAGAGUGAAGGAGGAAGAAGAUCGAGACGGUCAAAAUGGAGAUACGUGUCCAGAGUACUUCCGUUGGAUCCACGAAGAUCUAAGGCCGUGGGCUCAAACAGGGAUCACGAGGGAGAUGGUGGAGAGAGGCCGACCGGCGGCGGAUUUCCGGCUGGUGAUUGUCGACGGUAGGGUUUACGUGGAGAAGUACGCAGAAGCCUUUCAAAGUAGGGAUAGUUUUACUCUGUGGGGGAUUCUACAGUUGUUACGGUGGUACCCAGGUAAAAUUCCCGAUUUGGACCUCAUGUUUCAUUGCGGAGACCAGCCCAACAUUUUUAUUGGUAACUAUAGUGGGCCUAGGCCCAAUACAACGGCACCACCACCUUUGUUCCGAUACUGUGGGAAUGACGACACGUUGGACAUCCUGUUUCCUGAUUGGUCCUUUUGGGGAUGGCCUGAGAUCAAAAUAAAGCCAUGGACAUCACUGAUGAAAGAACUAAAGCAAGGCAACCAAAGGAAAAAAUGGAUAGAUAGAGAAGCGUAUGCAUAUUGGAAGGGGAAUGCUCUUGUUUCUUGGUCGAGAUAUAGACUUCGCAAAUGCAAUCUCUCUACUCAAUACGAUUGGAAAGUUCGUGUGUACAUGCAGGAUUGGCUUAAAGAAGUUAAACAAGGAUUCAAAAACUCCAAUUUAGCCGAUCAAUGUGUUUAUAGGUAUAAAAUAUACAUUGAGGGGAUUAGUUGGUCAGCGAGUCUGAAAUAUAUCCUUGCUUGUGAUUCAGUGACAUUAAUGGUAAACCCCCAUUACUAUGAUUUCUUUUCAAGAAGUUUAGUCCCAAUGCAUCACUAUUGGCCAAUCAAAGAUGAUAAUGAGAUGUGCAACUCUAUCAAGUUUGCUGUUGACUGGGGCAAUGCCCACAAACAAAAGGCACAAGCAAUUGGGAAGGCAGCAAGCAAGUUCAUUGAAGAACAACUAAAUAUGGAGAAGGUGUAUGAGUACAUGUUCCAUAGUCUAAAUGAAUACUCCAAACUCUUAACCUUCAAACCAACCAUUCCACCAAAUGCUACUGAACUCUACUUGGAGGAUUUGGCUUGCCCUACCCAAGGCUUAACCACCAAGUUCAUGAUGGAUACCCUCAUAAAACGACCUUCUUUCUCAAGCCCUUGCUUCUUGCUUCCGCCUUUUAGCCCGACUGCUCUCGGCUACAUUCAAACCAGAAAAGAAACUCUAAUCAAACAAAUCGAAAUGUGGGAGAAAAAUAUGUCUUUUGGGUGA